CAGAGACAUAAUAGCAUUUCUUUCCUCUCACUGCACAUACUCUAUCUCUUCUCUGUAGCUCCUAGCAGACCCCUCCUCCUAUCUUUCUGGUUAGUGGCUUGCAAGAAUGGCUGCUGUGAGCCAGUCUCAGCCCCUGCGCCAGCCCUGCCUCUACCAUUCAUGUUGUAAAGGUAGCAGAACUAUUGCAGUAUAUUGUGUUUGAAUCUUGCUGGGGAUGGGAGUGUGUGCAUGGAUUCCCUUUGUUAAGCUGUAUGUGUCUAAUGAUUUAAUCUGUGUAAUCAUUGGGGUGUUAUCAUAACAAUGCAAAUUUUGGAUAACCUUGUUAAUGUCACAUUGCCAUUGCUAGCUAAUCAAUCAGUGACCAAGGGGUACACUUACAAUGCUUCUUAUUUUUAUAUUGGGUCCGGGGUUAGCAGAUCAGGGGGGGCAUAAGUCACUGACACCUGGGUGCCAGAUUUUUUUAGUGCAAUGUAUGAAUGUAACCAAAUUAUUGUUCUCUUUAAACAUCUCAUUUCACUUCCUUUACACCUGUGCACAUUUUGUGUGCCCCACGAACGUUGCAUUAGAUACAAUGUGCAUACAAUGCGAAUUCGACAGCUGUGACAGCAAAGCAAGAUUUGGUUUCUGUGUACAGUAAAGCUGUACCUCGCAUCUUUAUUGCGAUGCAAAUGGGAAUUUCUCCCUGGCGAAUUUGCAUUGCAUGCGCCGUUCAUACUCAAAUCUAAUGCACCAUCAAAUCUGUGUUCACAUGCACAUUACAUUUACCAGAAAAAAAACAUUUUUCAGCUUCCAGGUUUCAAAAUUUGAGUGCACAUUAGAUUUAAUGGUGCAUUUGAUUAGAGUAAAUAAAGUCUAUUGAUUUACUCACUUUUCUUCUGUUCUUGCACCGCUUUGUGGGUGUUACUCAUCAUCUAACACCCACCUCUAGACCGUCUUUGGCUCCUCCUCCGCUCUGCCUCCAGUCUUCUUUGAUUUGGCCUUCUUUAGGACUAACCUGAACUAGGGCAAACCUAUUCAGUUACACUUUGUUGCUGUAACGUACAACCCAACACGCAGAGUGAAAUCCCACCAGGGGAGAAUAGAGAUAGGAGGAAGAUCCCUUAACCGGUCCUUAGGAUGGCAGGAAUAAAGAAUACACUUUAAGGAAUGUCAGAACAAGCCAAGAUCAAGGGAAGCCAGAAAUACACAAGUACGAGGAACAAACCCGAGUCAAUGGAGCCAGAAAACAGAAUAGUUGAGAGGAAGCCGGGUCAAAACCAGAUAUAUACCACAAAGGAUAUAGGAACGUGCUAUAAGGACACUAGUGACAAAGGAACACUAGGUACCACAACAUGGCACUGUGCUUUGGGCAGAAUGGGCUUUUAUAUGGUUGGGGGGGGGAGGGUGGUUAGCAUCGCCAGGCUCCCAAAAGGUACGUUUGUGCUGAGCUCUUUUGCAUAGAGCUCUUCCGAUGCGUGCGCCGCAUCAUAAAAAGGAGCGGGCUCACAGCGGCUGGCAGCCCUGAGGCUGAGUGGAAUCACUAUCUAGACCCCCUGGUUUGGCUGAGAUUGCCAAGGAGGCGGGCCAGGGGCAGAGCCAAACUCCGACCUGGCCAAUCAGCAUAUCUUCAUAGAGAUGCAUUGAAUCACUGCAUCUCUAUGAGGAAAGUUCGGUGUUUGCAUGCAAAGGGUGGAGACACUAAAUGCCAGUGCAGAACUGCCCUAGGAAGCACCUGUAGUAGCCAUCUGUGGAGUGACCAGUAAAGGUGUCCCUAAGCUGUAAUGUAAACACAGCCUUUUCUUUGAAAAUACAGUGUUUACUGCAAAAAGCCUGCAAGGGGUGACUAUACUUAUUAGAACAACUGCAUUAACCUGUAGUCAGAGGCAGCUCUCUAAUUAGGCUAUUUAGGCAGCCGCCUAACGCCUCACGCUGGCUGGGGCCUUGCAGCUGCCUAAAUCGCCUUGGAGCAGACUGACUGGUCGGAUCCUCGGUCCAUGACUGAGGGCCGACACUGGGAGGGGGCCCGGCAGCUUGUCCUUUAUGCCGCCAAGUGCGAAGCCCCUCCGAUUAGUCUGCGCGGGAGAGAGCACUCUGCAACCUCUGGUCUGCAGCUCCGCAGUGUACAGAGAUGCAGACCAUGUGGUAAAGGCCUCAUGAUCGUCAGCCAAUAAUACUCUGAACUGAAAUCGCGAGACGUUGACCACAUGGUUUGCAGCUCUGUACACUGUGGAGCUGCAGACCAGAGUGCUCUCUCCCGAGCAGACUGAAAUCAAUACCACCAGACGACCAUGGAAUUUUACUACUUGAGAAAAGGUAUUUAAGACACUCAGUAACCCCCCUCCAACAUUGUCAUUUCCCUCCAACGCUGUCAUUUCUAACUCAGUCCCCCCCCUCCAACUCUGUCACCUCUCACUCAGUCACCCCCUCCAACACUGUCACCUCUAACUCAGUCACCCCCCUUCAACACUGUCACCUCUCACAAAGUCACCCCCCUCCAACACUGUCAUCUUCAACACUGUAACCGCCAACACUGUCACCCCCUCCAACAUUGUCACCUGUCACUCAGUCCCCCCUCCAACACUGUCACCUCUCACUCAGUCACCCCCUCCAAUACUGUCACCCCCUCCAACACUGUCACCUCUAACUUAGUCACCCCUUCCAACAUUGUCACCUCUAACUCAGCCACCCCCUUCAACAUUGUCACUUCUAACUCAGUCACCACCCUCUAACACUGUCACCUCUCACUAAGUCACCCCCCUCCAACACUGUCACACCCAACACUGUCACCUCCUCCAAAACUGUCACCUCUCACUCAGUCACCCCCCUCCAACACUGUCACCUCCAACACUCUCACCCCCUCUAACACUGUCACCCCCUCCAACACUGUAAUUUCCAACUCAGUCACCCCUCUCCAACACUGUCACCUCUCACUCAGUCAUCCCCUCUAUCACUAUCACCCCCUCCAACACUAUCACCCCCUUCAACACUGUCACCUCACAUUCAGUCACCUCCCUCCAACACCCUUCCAACACUGUCAUCCUCUGCAACACUGUCACCUCUCACUGUCACUCCCUCCAAUACUGUCACCCCCUCCAACACUGUCACCUCUAACUUAGUUACCCCCUCCAACAGAGUCACCUCUCACUCAGUCACCCCCUCCAACACUGUCACCCCACUCCAACACUGUAAUUUCUAACUCAGUCUCCCCCUCAACACUGUCACCUCUCACUCAGUCACCCCCUCCAACACACUAUCACCCCCCUUCAACACUGUCACCUCUCAUUCAGUCACCCCCUCCAACACUAUCACCCCCUCUAACACUGUCACCUCUCACUCAGUCCCCCCUCCAACACUCUCACUCAGUCCCCCUCCAGCACUGUCACCUCUCACUCCAGUCACCCCCCAACACUGUCACCCCCUUCAAACACUGUCACUUCUUACUCAGUCCCCCCCUCCAACACUGUCACCUCUCACUGUCACCCCCUCCAACAUUGUCAUCUCCCUCCAAAAUGUCAUCUCUAACUCAGUCACCCUCCUCCAACACUGUCACCCCCUCACACACUGUCACCUUUCACACGCUCAGCCAGCCCCCUCACACACUGUCACCUCUCACACACUCAGUCACCCCCCUCACACACAGUCUGCCAGCCCCCUCACACAUUGUCACCUUUCACACACUCAGCCAGCCCCCUCACACACUGUCACCUCUCACACACUCAGCCAGCCCUCUUACACACACUGUCACCUCUCACACACUCAGCCAGCCCCCUCACACACUGUCACCUCUCACACGCUCAGCCAGCCCCCUCACAUACACUGUCACCUCUCAUACACUGUCAGCCCCCCAACUCCUCCUAAUCCUGUCACUCUCAUCCCUCCAACCAUACCAAACUCACCAUCCCUCACCCUGCCACACUCACAAUAUCACAUUACUAAAUUCACCUGCCCUUACUCUGCCCAUAUCACAUUUAAUCACCCAAUCCUGUCACACUCUCUUUUCUCGCACUGUUACACUCAUCCUCUAUCACUCUACCAAGUCAACCCCUUCACCCUGUUCCACUCAUUCUAUCACAUGAACCCCUCCAAACCUGUCCUUCAACCACACUCACCCUGUCACAUUAGCGACAUAAUCCCAUUACACUCUCUCCUCCACCCAUGCCACAUUCACCCCUACCCUGUGAUAUUAACCCUCUCAACCAUGCCACACUCACCCUGUCAGAUUAACUCCCUAAUCCUGUCACACUCAUCCCCCCAACCAUACCACACUCACCCUGUCACAUUAAUCCCCCUAAUAGUGUCACACUUAUCUCCACUCAUCCUGUCAUACUCUCUCCUCCAACCAUGUCAAAGUCACCCCCACCUUGUCUUUCUCUCUCUCCCUCAUUCUGUCACACUAACCUCCCCACACUGUCUUAUUCACCUCCUUUGCCCUUUUACACUCAUCCUGCCACAGUUACCUUGUUACUCACCCUGUCACAGUCAUCAGCUAAAGACAUUCAUCAUACAUACACACAGUCAUGAUACCUAGCUUUGCCAUAAACACAAUGCACAAAGACCACAGGCAGCCCCCCAUACAAACAACACACUACAAGCAGCUACCCCUCACACAUACAAUCCCAGAAAAAAACACACAUAUACAUACAUUCACACCCAAUGAUACUCUGUCAGACACACACUCUCAGGCACAUACACAGGUAGACAAUGCCAUGCAUACUCAUAGAUACACAUGCCAGAUACACAUUGUGACUGUAUGUUUAUAUUUGUUAAUGUGUGUGUCUCUGUGCAUCAGUGUGUUUGCAUGCAUGUGCAUGUAUUAGAGUGUGUAUAUGUGUGCAUGUAUUAGCGUGUUUGUAUCUAUGGCUGCAAUGUGAGGAUGGUAUUGACAAUGCAAAGAUAAAGUGGCAGCAUAUAUAAUAUACGUACAUAUACAAUACAGGAGGAGGGACAACACAUUUAUAUACUAUAAAGCCAUGGGUGCCCAAAAGGUAGAUCCCCAGAGGUUUUAGAACUAGAGAUUCCAUUAUGCUUUGUCAUUCUAAAGGCAUGCAAAGCAUCAAGGGAGUUGUAGUGCUAUAACAUCUGGGGAUCUAUAUCUAUGCAAACAUAUCCAAUUAUGUAUAAACAAUUUGCAUAAUUGCAAAUUUAAUUUGUUUAUUGCAAAGUAUACCAUAACUACAGUCAGAGAGCUUACAAUACAGUUGCACAGGGAGCCACUGCAAUGAUCUGAUCAAUUAAUACAGAGUCAAUCUCUCUGUUUCUAGCUCUUUAAAGGACCACUAUAGGCUUUAAUGAAGUGGUCUGGGUGCCAGGUCCAGCUAGCCUAGGGCCAGGUCCAGCCUGGGUGCCAGGUCCAGCUAGCCUAUCACUUUUUUCUAUAAACAUAGCAGUUUCAGAGGAACUGCUAUAUUUACCUAUGGGUUAAUCCAGCCUCUAGUGGCUGUCUCAUUGACAGCUGCUAGAGGCGCUUCCGCGCUUCUCACUGUAAUUUUUACAGUGAGAAGACGCCAGCGUCCAUAGGAAAGCAUUGUGAAUGCUUUCCUAUGGACUGGGUGAAUGCGCGUGCGGCUCCUGCCUCGCAUGCGCAUUCAGCCGAAGAGAAGGAGAGGAGGAGGAGAGCUCCCCGCCCGGUGCCGGAGAAAGAGGUACGUUUUUACCCCUUCCUCCCCCUAGAGCCCGGCGGGAGGGGGACCCUGAGGGUGGGGGCACCCUCAGGGCACUAUAGUGCCAGGAAAACGGGUAUGUUUUCCUUGCACUAUACUGGUCCUUUAAGCUCAUCCUUCAAUAUAAGUACAGCUUCUUAUACACACACAAUGCAACACCUAUGUUUUCACCUUGGGUGUUAGUGGGGCCGCAUGUUUGAGUUUCGCCUAAGGCCUCACAAAGUCUAGAGCCGCCACUGGCUCUGGUUGUUCUGGUGAUUAUAGUUUCCCUUUAACUGACACUACCAUUGACUGCAAAUCAAUGGAAUAGUGAUAGAGUUGUUAUGCUACUUUGUUCUUCUGACUUUUUAAUUAUUCAUGAAGAUACAAUCUUUAUUUAGAAACUUCCUGUGUAAAGUGUUUUGCAAUUUUACUUUAUUACCAGCUCUCAAAAAGAUAUACUGAAGGCAAGGCAGUGACUGCUUUAUCUUGUGCAUAGAAGUGGCAAAACCAGAAUACAGUUUAAUUCCACCUGAUUUGAUUCCCUUUUUCUAUUAACUCUUGAAUCACACACCUCUAUCUAUAUACUACAGCGAGCUGUAGUGGUUAUGACACUUGGAGUGACACUUUAAACUUCAUUGUAUUUACAAUUCGUGACAAGUUUAAAACAAUUCAGGACAACAUAGGGGUAACAUUUUUCUGGAAAUUUACUAUGCUCUGAAAUUUGCAAAACCACCUCAAAAAAGGUGUAAAUGAGCUCUGACCUGGAUCCCGUACAAAUCUAUCCGAAAUGGCCCUGAUUAACUAGCCAAGCUGGAAAAAUGACUGAACUGGACAUAUAUAUGAAUUUUGCUAUUUUGGCCAAAUGUUUGCAAUUCCAUACUCAUACCGUGGCUAUUAAUUGAUUAAUGAAUAACUCUGGUAAAUAUCUCAACCAGUAAUAUCACUUAUUAACUGGUGAUACAUUUUUAGUGACCAUCAACUUGAAGAAACCUUUGCAACCAAUCCAAAUGAACAGACAGCAGGUGGCGCUAGAGAUGUUUUCACUUUGUUCACAACUGGAUAUUCUCAUUAAAGGGGAGGUGAUACAUGUGAGUACUUCUACAAUGUGUAUAAAGGAAUAUUUUAAGGAAUAUUACUGUAUAUUAUACCUUAUCUUUCAUGUGUAAUAAGACUGAUGCACCUCAUGAGUGCUUGUUAAAGGAACACUUCCAUCACCAUAAAUACAUUUAUUUAAAUUGCUAUAAGGACAGGGGUGUCCAGAUGCCCUUCUGCCUCUUGGCUUUCUUGUUGCUGGACUGCUGUGUAAGAAAGAUAUACCAGGCUAGCCAGUGAGACCCUGAUAGGAUUCACUGACACACUCAGCCUAUCACUGGUAGCCUGGCUAAAUCUUCCUAUACUUUAGCACAGAGAGCAAGGAUGCUCCCAAAUUUGGGAUAACUCAUUGGGAAAUGGUUUAACACCUGAAGGUAAGACUAUUUGGUUGGAAGUAUUCCUUUAAUUCAUUAUCCCUAUAUCAGUGUGAGAAAGCUUUUUAAAAUGCCUUCCGUAUUUCAGGAAAAGGAAGGUUUACCUAUCACUUAUGGUUGUACAUCAGUGGCUAAUUUUGACACCAUACAUUGUUUCUAAACUACAUUUCCCAUGAUGCUCAGCUAGCUUUUAGAGUCUAAAAGCUAGCUGAGCAUCAUGGGAAAUGUAGUCCAGAAACGAUUUAUGGUGUCAAGGUUAGCCAUCACUGUUGUACAUAGACCAUAACCUAUUGGGAAAAGCUAGGGCCGUUUGAUAGUUGCAUAACAUUACAAGGUACGUCAACCUGUAACUCACUUAAACUAGUUAUGGUUCAAUUUAAAGGAACACGCUAAAAAAGAUAAGUAACAUAUACAGUAUCUCCCAAAAAUGAGUACAUGCCUCACAUUUUUGUAAAUAUCUUUUCAUGUGACAACACUGAAGAAAUUACACUCUGCUACAAUGUAAAGGAGUAAGUGUACAGCCUGUAUAACAGUGUAAGUUUGCUGUCCCCUCAAAAUUACUCAACACACAGCCAUUUAUGACUAAACCGUUGGCAACAAAAGCGAGUACACUCCUAAGUUGAAAUGUCCAAAUUGGACCCAAAGUGUCAAUAUUUUGUGUGGCCACCAUUAUUUUCCAGCACUGCCUUAACCCACCAGAGCUUCACAGGUUGCCACUGGAUUCCUCUUCCACUCCUCCAUGACGACAUCAUGGAGCUGGUGGAUGUUAGAGACCUUGCGCUCCCCCACCUUCCAUUUAAGGAUUGUGCACAGAUGCUCAAUAGGGUUCAGGUCUGGAGACAUGCUUGGCCAGUCCAGCAUCUUUAGCAAGGCCGUGGUAGUCUUGGAGGUGUGUUUGGGGUCGUUAUCAUGUUGGAAUACUGCCUUGCAGCCCAGUCUCCAAAGGGAGGGGAUCAUGCUCUGCUUCCGUAUGUCACAGUAGAUGUUGGCAUUCAUGGUUCCCUCAAUGAACUGUAGCUCCCCAGUGCUGGCAGCACUCAUGCAGGCCCAGACCAUGACACUCUCACCACCAUGCUUGACUGUAGGCAAGACACACUUGUCCACUUUAGACUCCAUAUGAACUAAAUAAGUUUACUUGUCUUCAGCAAACUGUUUGUCGGCCUUCUUGUGCAUCAUCUUUAGGAGAGGCUUCCUUCUGGCACAACAGCCAUGCAGACCAAUUUGAUGCAGUGUGCGGCUUAUGGUCUAAGCACUGACAAGCUGACCCCCCACCCCUUCAACCUCUGCAGCAAUGCUGGCAGCACUCAUAGGUCUAUUUCCCAAAGACAACCUCUGGAUAUGACGCUGAGCAUGUGCACUCAACUUCCUUGGUCGACCAUGGCAAGGCCUGUUCUGAGUGGAACCUGUCCUGUGAAACCACUGUAUGGUCUUGCCCAUCAUGCUGCAGCUCAGUUUCAAGAUCUUGGCAAUCUUCUUAUAGCCUAUGCCAUAUAUAUGUAGAGCAACAAUUCUUUUUUUCAGAUCCUCAGAGAGUUCUUUGCCAUGUGAUGCCAUUUUGAACUCCCAGUGACCGGUAUGAGAGAGUGUGAGAGCAAUAACAGCAAAUUUAACACACCUGAUCCCCAUUCACACCUGAGACCUUGUAACACUAAUGAGUCACAUGACACCGGGGAGGGAAAAUGGCUAAUUGGGCCCAAUUUGUAUAUUUCCACUUAGGGGUGUACUCGCUUUUGUUGUCAACGGUUUAGACAUUAAUGGCUGUGUGUUGAGUUAUUUUGAGGGGACAGCAAAUUUACACUGUUAUACAGGCUGUACACUUACUAAUUUACAUUGUAGUAGAGUGUCAUUUCUUCAAUGUUGUCACAUGAAAAGAUAUAAUAAAAUAUUUACAAAUAUGUGAGGCGUGUACUCACUUUUGUGAGAUACUGUAUAAGGACAGGUGGUGCAUGCAGCAUUCACUGGGAUGUACCAAUCCAUAUCUUCUGUAUGCCUCUUAAAUAUAUUUCUUAUAUCAAGUAAACUUUUCUUUUAAAAAUCACUUUUCUGCACUAAUGCGUGAAAACAUGAAUGAUACCAGAUUAAGAGGGGGAGGAGUGGAAGGGGUGUUCUAAAAGUUUCUUAUUUUUCCAGAUGGUCCAGUGUAGAAUUUAGUAUUUAUUUAAUCAGGACAAUUGUUAAUUUGUUAAUAUAUUGGUUUUACCCCUUAAGGAUCAAACUUCUGGAAUAAAAGGGAAUCAUGACAUGUCACACAUGUCGUGUCCUUAAGGGGUUAAAAUCACUCUCUAUAUUGGUUUACAUUUCUGUUUGUUAUUCACUCUAUUAUCCCUAGUUACAGGAGCAACUUUCAGAUGAUAUCAGCAUUGGAGAGUCUGAUAUAUUUCACAUGUUUGGUGAGUUUACAGAAAAAUAAUUCUGUUCAUAACAUAUUGGAGUUUAUUAACUAAACCAGACAAAUUGUAGUUAAUUGAAAUCUGAAUUGCAAAAUUAAUGUCAAACUAGCUGAUUUCAUAAAAUUCUCCACCUCAUCUUGGCUUUUUUAUCCUGAAGUUUGCAAUAUGGUUUUUCAGUUCACCAUGAUCUGGUUGUCAGUGGCUAAACCCAGUGAGACAUUAAAUGGGGAUUGCACAUAACAUUAUUUCAUACUUUUCAACUUGUGUCAUAUAAGUCAAGAAUGUCAUGGAAGUCUUGAGAUGAAGUACUAGUGUGGAAAUACAAUGAGAUGGAUGAUGUGAAAGGUAAAUUGCUUGUGAGGAACCAGUGGAGACAGAUGAAGAUGCGGACAUAGUGGUUUGUCAUCACUUUCUCUAAAUAUUAAUGUAACGGAUCACCUGGCACCCCGACUGGGUACCUCCCUUGAUGGAUGCUCCUAGUGGCUUCAGAGGACUCCAAGCACUCCACUUGACACCAUAAGCACUGCAGACCCCAUGAACCGCCACAGCUUGGCUGGGGUCUCGCCAUCUCCUACCCACCCUGAACCUACACCAAGGCUCCAGGUUCCAGUGGGUGAACCUCUCUUUCCCCAGAGAGUGAAGCAGGAACAGGAACAAGCUCUUACAAGAGCUUAGUGAUUAUUCAAGGGAGUAUGAAGAGCAUAGCAAUCCAUUGUAGCAGAUUCCACCAAUAAGAGACAGGACUCUAGAUUGAGGGUGAAGUAGAACUGAAGGUUUAAUGGUACAGCUGCUCUUUUAUACAGUUUUUCCCCACAAGGUUACCGCCCAGGUGGACCUUGUGGGGCACAGGACAUGAAAUUCACAAUCCAAUUAAAACAGAGUUUUACACUUGAACACUCCCAGUUACUGUACACAAACCCUCCCCUCUGCCUGUGAUACAAUUAACAAAGACAAUGGACUAACUCAAUUAACUCUAAGCAGAAAAAACAUAAAUUUUUACAAACCCCAAAAUACAACAUAUCCUUACAUCCCCUAAUAGCCCCGAUCUGGGUGAACAACAUAUCCAAAAAUCAGAUCGGUUCAGGAAUUUCCUGGAAGUCUUAUUUUUGCCCCACCGUGCACAUGGUCCCAUGCCCAAAACAGUUCCAUACACUCAACGUCAAAACACUGCUGGACAAUUUAAGAUGGCCGCCGCCACAUGUUUGAAUCUGUUCCAGUUGAAAGUCCAAGGGGCAGAAACAGUACUUUUGAAAAUGGGUUAUCACAGGGCCCAUGGUCCCAGGGUAGGAGGGUGGCAAGCAGUCCCCUCCAAAAACUCAUGGCAAACUCCCUGAAAAAGGGGAGUUUGUCACAAUUAAUUUGUGUAUUUUGUGCCACUAGAUUUGGCUCUUAAAUAUAGCUGCCAAACCCAUAGACAAAUAAUAAUAAUGGUGGAUGACAAAUCACUACUUUAUUGCAUUGCAUCUAUAGGUCUAUGCUGGAUCUAUUUUGGGGGGAAAUAGAGAAUUGUCUCAGAAAAAAUAGUGCUUAUAUUGUUUAAAUUGUAAAAUUGCAGGCAAAGCCCUUGUUGGUGGAGCGGGUUGGUUUGUCUUUGUGUGUCAGAUUGAUUCUUGUGAUUGUUGUUAUAGAUUUACUGUAAUGUUGGGGCCUUACUUUCGUACUAAGCACGGGUCACAUGCUACAAAUAUAACUAUGGAAACUCCUUGGCUCCACUAUUUUCAUCUGUUAAAGGGACACUACACAUCCUCCUCACAAUGUUAAACAAGUACAGGUCCUAUUGACUUGUGAGGUCUUCUGUCGACAUCUUUACUUACAAACUAUAUACAGGGACGUACAUUUGAUUGAACUACAUAAAUAAAAGAUUUUAAAUAUGUUAUCAUUGUGUAAAAUCUUGUGUACAUUCUUAUGCUAAUAAUGAGAAUAGCAUUAUGUGUGUUGUAUUGGUGGUAAAUAUGUGGCCAAAUGUUGACAAAGUAAAGAUGGAGGGUACAGAAGCUAAGGAAUGAUCAUUUUAAUCUUACUGCUCUAAGCAAUGCAUGCCUUGAAAAUCAUAUCUGUUGUCUAAUUAUUUUUAAUAUGGUUUGUUUAAUUCAUCCAGGAACAGAACUUGUAGAAAGAAUGAAAGAAUGUCUAACCCACUUACCGGAACCAACUCCAUGCUUAGAGGUAAAGGUACAAGAUGUUUCAGAGGUCUUUGUAUUUUCAGAGGUCUAUGUGUCAUUACAUGAUGACUAGGAAAUCCGCUAAUUCUUCUCACAGAGAACCUUUGCGUUCAGUGUUUAUUUAAGAGAAGCACUGGAUUUCUGAUGUGCCCUAUAUCCCUGAAUUAAAAAGAGCAAGGAAAACUCUAAUGUUAAAGUGUUACUUUAUGUUGCUGAACUGAAAACUGUAUUCCAACAUGCAGAUGAAAAUAGCCAAGCUCUCACUGUAGCCACGUUUGAAUGGUUUGAAAUCAUUGCAAUGGUUUGAAAUCAUUGCUUUUUGCUUAAAUUCCACAAUUCAAUUUUUCAUAAAUAAACCCCCUAAAUGGCAUGAUUAGAUUUACUACAAAACAUGGCUUGUACCACCAACAAAUAAACACUAAUCCAAUCAUCUAAAGGGUUUCUUCAAGUACCAUGACAACAUCAGUGAUUUGAAGUGGUCAUGGUGCUUGGAGUCUGUAUGUCUAGCUUUUCAGAAAUCGCUGACCGAGGUGUAACUCAACAUCUGGCAGCAUCAUUAGACACUCUUGUUCCAGGCUGACUAAUGCCAAUUCUGUACGUAUUUCUUACACUGAGGUUCAUUCAUUGGAUGAGAACAGUCAGUUGGUGCUCUCAGCCAAUGAAUUCCUAAUGGGCUCUGCAUCGGGCUUUUGCAGCUCCGCAGAAGCAAAAUGUGCGUCACCCAGCAUGUUAGGAAGCUUGGCGCCCUGUGGGACACAGGUAAGAGGGCAAACCAGUUUGCCUCAUUACUGGGGGACAUUGCCAGGGUACUUCUGGCAUCAUAAACACUACAAUGGGCUGUAGUAGUUAUGAUGUAUGGAGUAACCCUUUAAAAAAACAUACAAACAAACAAUUACCCAUCAAAGUAAUUUAGGUGUGAUAUUUGGAAUAGAAAUCUUAAAUAAUUUUCAUGUCAGCAAAUUUUCUAUUUUUACAGGAUUAUUUAGAUACUUCUGGAUUAUCUGUUCUGUUUCCAAGAGUGGAGAUAUAUAUCAUUCAUGAAAGACCAGUUGACAUGUUAGAAAGGCCUCCAGUGGACGGUAAGAUGGGCUAAUAACCGUAAUUUACUUAGCAUAUCGAAGGUAACACAGGAGUGCACCAUACGAGUCAAUGGUAGAACAGAAAUGAACACAGUAAUGCACACAUUAGUUUAUUAAGUAUGAAGCUGUUCCAUUAGCAGUUCUGUGAAAUAUGUUUAAAUUUAAUUUAAAAGAAAGUCAUAGACUUCUUGAAUAAAGAAUUUCAGCCCAGUUGAGCUUCUUUUGUUAAUUUGUGGCUGCCAGAAAACAGUUGAAUGCCUAUUAUACCUCUGUAUGACCCAAUUAUGGAACUGUCAUUUAAUGAAAUGUUUUCUAUGCCAUUUUCAUAUUAGUUUUCCAUGGGCAGUCAAUCUACUUAUACAUCGUCAUUAUUAGCAAUGAGUACUGGGCAAUAGUUUUUACUUCUAGUGAAUACAAAUUAAAGCAUAAGGCAUAUACUGGGAAUAAGAUCUAAUAUUCUAAUGGCAUUUUUAUUUGUUUCAGAAUACUACGUUCACAUUGGAAAACUUAACCAGCUGUUGGUUUUAAGCCAACAGUUGGAAGAUGAUGUCUGUCACUUGGGAAGCCAUAAAUAUGUAGCUCACCAGUUGUCAGUGCUGUAUGUAAGUGUAUAUCGGCUCUUCAUAUGACAUGCUUCUGCAUUAUCCAUCUGUGAAAACAGAUUAGAGGAUAUUAUAAAACAACAUAUUGAAUUACUGCUGGAAAGAAGAUAGAAGUUGAAUUGUUAUUGACAUUAUUUGGGCAGUGCAGGCUGUUAUAUGUCAAGGGGGUUAUUGAUAGUGAAAUUGCUGGGUAAAGUGUUAAAGUAAAGUAAUCACACAGAAUCCAAUGAGAUGUUCUUGCUAUGUUUCUGCGACAGAUUUGCUCUUAUAUAUUUGCCAUGGGCUGUUCAGGGUAGCAAUCCAAGUUUAUAAUGUCUUGAUUUACCAUUGUGUAGUACGUAUCCCAAUUCUCUGUUUUGUGCCUUCCUGUCUAAAUUAAGUUAGGGUAGAGUAACAACAGUGACUAAAUGUUGAUAUAUAAUUCCAAUGAAACGCAUCCAGAUUAAUAGGCCUUGAUAACAGAUUAAACAUAUAUGACAGUCUUUGAGAAAGGAUCUUUAAAAUCACAAGCUAAGCACUCUCAUUGUUUUUCACCCUUUUAGGCUAAGCAUCAGCCUUGAUUGAAGUCACAAAGUUUUAAUAUAUAUCAAAGCACAGAAACUGUUGUCCUUUUUUUUUAAUCUCUUUGGAGUUUUUAAUCUUUCAUCGAUACAGUUCAGCAUGUAAAAAUCAUUUUUUGUCAAUCUUAUUUUGAAAUCUUGAUUGAAGAUCUUCUUUCUUCAGUAUUCCUUAGUCCCAAAAAAGGACAAAUUAAAACACAAUUUCCCGAUAAAACCAUAUAAACAAAAAAGUAAUUGGUUUGCAAAAUUUUGAUGAAAAAUAAAAAAAUGCAACACAUAAAAGAUAUGCAUGUACCCUUUAAUACGUACAUUGUAAUGCUAAUUUUUGUACAUUCUCUGCACAGGAUGCUAUCUUAAUGCUGUAACAUGGCUGUGUUUUUACAUCAAUAUCUUCCUGUAUUAUACAGUGACAUAUCGAUAAACUUCAAUUUACUAUAUAUAUAUAUAAAGUCAAAAGGACAGAACUGUCCUGUCCUGAUGAAAGCUUGAGGGAAUCAAGCUGAAACGUUGGCAGUUUUAUCUUUAAGGUAAUAAAAGUUAAAUUUCAAAUAAGUCCUUGGAGUGCUAUCCUUUUGAAUCUAUUUUUGUAUUUUUGGCUGGACAAGCACCGGGCAUUGCAGUGGUUUUGGUGGAGUGCAAGAUUUUUCCAUUUAUAUAUAUAUAUAUAUAUAUAUAUACUUGUGAGCCAUUUGACAGCUUUGCACAGUCCCAAAGCAAUGAAUGUUUAGAAACGUAACUGUGAUUGGUUGGUUUGGAGGCAACCAACUGUAGUACACAAUAUUCAAGUCUCACUUCUCACAAACCUCGACAGCAGCAGACUUUCCUGACAAACCUCUGUGAUUGGUUGGUCAAGCCACAGCUCAUUACUUUGAGCAACAACUAAUUACUGCACUUGAGAAAACAGCCAGGGAUGGAAAGAGUUUGCACUGUAUAAUGUGAACUAUAUGUGCAAGAGUUAGUUAUUCUAUUUUAAUGACAUAAAGCCAACACAUUUAGAAUAUUAUAUAAUCAUCAUGUUUCUGUUUAUUUUAGAAGGUUCUUAGUUACUUCAGUGGAUGUUUGUCUUUAGACAUCCUGAAGAGAGAAAUUGAAGCUAAUUUUAAGUCAGUGAAGUCUGCAGUUGCUACCAAUGAAGGAUCCAGGCAAGAGCCUCUCUUACCCACUCAUCUAUUAACAUGGUAAGACUCUACUAGAUUGUAAACUGGAUUGUGCAGUGCCUUCAUCAUCUCAUUUCUCUGUCAAUGUUAUUUUAUAUGAUAAUCACUUGCUGACAAAUAUCUCCAUUCUAUAAAUGUAGAUCUUUAUAAUUUAUUAUUUUUAAUUCUUAAUAAUAAUAUAUUAAGUGAGUACUUCAAGUACACUGCAGGAAAUGUAUAUGAACUAUUAUAUUAUGAAUGGAUCACAUAUGAAAUAUACCUGGUACUUUUACUAAAAUAAUUAACAAAUCACAAAUACACCUUCCACAGUUCAUUUUUUAUUUGCCAUACACCAUGACCUUUUCAAUUUUUUAUUAAAGAACUAUAUUUUUCCUUUUCAGGUUGUUGGAUUUAACACAAACGAUUAUUACAACUGUAUCCACAUUUCCAGAGGAACUAAUUGGAGAAAUAAUGCCAGUGGUAGAAUUUUCCAUGAUGUUAUAAUCAUUGUUUUAUUGUCACAACACCCUCUGUUUUCUUUACAAAGACCGAUAUUUCCCUUUAUUCAAUGUAAUAUAGAUUUACACCAUUUAAUUAUUUAUUUCUAUUUAUUUUGAUACUUUAAUGCCUUGUGGAGCUACCUCAUAAAUACUUCUAGCGGCGGUUAUAAUGUUGUACUCCUUUUUUGCUUUUAUAAUGUAUUUGUGCUUCCAUCACAUUGAUUAAACAUAAUAUAUGCACUAUUUAUUAUUAUUAUUAUUAUAGCCAUUUAUAUAGCGCCAACAGAUUUCAUAUCGCUUUACAAUAUUAUAAGAGGGGGGAUUUAACUAUAAAUAGGACAAGUACAAGAAAACUUACAGGAACGAUAGGUUAAAGAGGACCCUGCUCAAAAGAGCUUACAGUCUAUAGGAGGUGGGGUGUAAAACACAAUAGGAUAGGAAAUAACAAUCAAAUAAGGUGGGAGUGAAGCAGAGCUGGAGGAGAGAGUAGAGUGCUGCCCUUUAAGAGAGAGCAAGAGACAGGUAUGUGAGGUAGAGGUUACUCUGGGAGGCCAUAAGCUUUCCUAAAGAGAUGGGUUUUAAGGCACUUCUUAAACAAUUGAAGACUAUGGGAAGAGUCUGAUGGCGAUAGGCAGGCUAUUCCGUAGGAAGGGAGCCACCCGCGAGAAGUCCUGUAAGCGUGGGUUGGUUGUACAGGUGCUAGUAGUGGACAGGAGAAGGCAGAGCGGAGAGGCCGAGAAGGGGCAUGCAGUGUUACUACAAUGCCCCCUUUUAAAUGAUACUUAAUGCAACUUUAUCACAGAAAAACAUAAUAAAAUAUACCGCUUUAUGUACAUAUUUCCCAGUACACUACACAAUGAUAACGGAAAAGAUAAUACAAAAGGCAAAUAUAGAUAACAUGUAUGUUAUUAUAAGAACAUGAAAUUAAAGUUCCAGUUGAAAAAUUAAAAUUCCCUCCAUAUUUCCCAAUGUUUAACAUGUUUACAUGCUCCACUGGAUCAAAAU